AUGUUUUCUUUGGACGGCUUUUUCUCCGAACUUUCUCGGUGUACUAGUUUGCUUCAAUCCAUAGUCCCAAGCGUUUGUGAUGUUGGACGGCUUGAGAGUACUCCUAAUUUUACUUCCGAAUAUCUGGAGUCGGAAGAAGUUUACGCAGGACUACCUACUGUUUUCAACUCUAAAUGCAUCAAAAAACAGCUUGAAAGCUGUCUGAAGGCAUUGGAAGGUACUCCAAAACAUCCUGACCAGUCGGUCCGUCAACUGUUAACGCGAGUCGAACUACUCGGAAUUCUUGCUUCCUGUCAGAAUCUUUUCGAAUUGGAAUCGUCAGUAUGGAAAGUAAUGUUUACAGUCAGCGACAACUCAGGAAGAUUUUUGGAUGCUUCUUAUGCUUUGACAAACUACUGUCUUUCAAAAAUUUUUGCAUAUGAACAAAAUGCUUCGGUUUAUGAUACCCUGAAUUCAGUUCGUACCGAGGUUCUUACAGUUCUUAACAACAGUAAUGAAAUUUUUGAGUCCACACAUGAAGCUUGUUUGACAGGCCGACUCCCUACUCCACAUGCACAUUUCCAGUCGAUGGUUGUAUCCCUUGGAAGAGCCUAUAUCGAACACUAUUUCAACUGGCCUGCUUUUUCUGCAAACCUGGAUCUUAUUCGACUGCAGUAUAAAGAGUUCUUUGAGGGAAAGUCAUGGGCUGUUGUCUGUGCUCGUGGUUACUUCUACUGGCUGCAUCUUCAUGCUCGCUGCAUAUUUGGUGCUAACUUUGAGUUGGUCAAUACACCUCUUCAGUCAGGCACUCACGAUACGUUCCCUCCACCGCCCGUAUCUCCUCUGCAUGCUGCAGUUAUUGUUCGUAUGCAUGGUCAAACACUAGUGAAAUUUAUGCGUUUGUGUUGUGAGCAGAAAUUACAAAAUCGUUCCUGCACAAAACAGCAAGUUAAGGUCGGGAUCGGGAAAGAAAAUAAAGAUCCGUCUGUUGGUCCCAAAAAUUUGAAAAGGUUUGUUGAACCAAAGCCAGUACCUUCAGAACUCAAAGUAUCUACCGCUGCUUGGUCUUCUGUUUCAUUAACAGAUAAUGAAUUACUUAAUCUGUGGUUGGGAACGCGACUACUUUUAUACGGUUGCCAUCAAACUGCUGAGUUAUAUACGCUUCUAGGUACUGUAAGAGAAGCACGUGUGUAUCAAAAUGAGUUAUUAUGCGUUGGCCAACGUUUUCACUUAUGCAGUUAUACACAAAUUGCUCUGAACUUAAUGGCACAUCUAGAUAUGUUUGCUCAACGUCAAUGGGCUUUUGAAUUACGUCUGCGACAGCUAAAUCACAUUGCAACAUGUCAAGUGUCUCUUGAGGAACUAGUCACUAAAAGAACUAAGCAAAAUUCAAAAGGAAAUUUGAAUUCAAAAGCUACCACGGAAAUUGAUGAGUCUGCUUUUAUUCAUUCUAAAACAUUUCCCAAUCAAUCUCUCUACAAUGGUCUUGGUGAGAAUCAGUUGGUGAAAGAUACGACGGUAGUAAAUUCUUUGUCAAACGAUUCAUUUUCCGACGGUUCUAAUCCUCUUUUGUCCGGCUACAAUAGACCAUUCAGUUCAAUUUUUUCUAGUAGUCCAACACGACGUACAUACUUUAAUAACAAAAGUGAAGCAGUUGAUACCUAUCCAAGUGCUACCCAAAUUGCUUCCGCAAUCGCUGGACAACGACUUACCUCAGAAUGGAAUGAGUGGUACAGUAAAGGAUUCUAUAUACCUCACACUGUCGAUUUUGCCUUUGAAUCUGUAAGCAAGUCCUUCCUGAGUGUUGGUGGAUUACCUCUAGGAACCUGUGUUUGUUUAAUCCUUAAUGGGGUUUCCUGGCCUUGGUUGUUUAACUUGACUCAGGUAGUUCGAAAUGAACUGUUACCAUCCCCUCAUUUCUUACCUGCUUUGUACACUGUUCCAUUGGUGCAUGUCAAAGCAACUGUAAAAACUCGUAAUCAUGGAGAGCCUAAUAAAAAUAAAGAUCUCAUAGAAGCUUUUUCAUUGCUCAGUAUCACUCCUACAGAAAAUUCAUCAGAAACCUGGAAUAAUAAUAUUGAAAAAUCAUCGUCACCUCAACUUCAGUCAAAGAAAGAUUUUCAUACUGGCAAACAGUUACCACCUCCUGUACCUAAACCAAAUGCUCCCCGUCGUCCAGCAGAUAACCGAAACAAAACUAGUUUAAAUAUUUCACCACACAACAGAAGUCGCUGUCAAUCAUCCCAUUAUCAACAGGUUGGUAAAACCACUGAAAUUAAUGAGGUAACUAUAGAAUCCACAAUACAAACUAGACGCUGUGAUAAUCCCUUAACGAAUAAAGAUAUUAUUUUAGAUAAUCAUGAAGCAGACAAUGAAAUAUUGAUACCAUUACUUGGUUAUACCUUUCGAAAACCAGCUAAUUCUCAACCUCUGGAAAUAUAUUGUGACCAUUUGUCCAAAACUAAAAAUGUUUUGAGGAAAAGAGAAAACAAAAAUAUAGGCUCGGGCAAAGGCCAUACCAUAGUUCUAGACCCAGUGGAAUCAUGUUCUUCUUUAAUUGAUGCGCCUUUGCGUCCACGUAGCGUCAGGUUAGCGUCCAAGUGGGCUGCUAAUCAAAUCAAGACAAAAUUGGUCAAUACAUUAUGUGAAGAAAAUCCUCUGUUAUCGGAGAAUAUAGAUCAGAUGAGUCAGGUUUCUAAUAAUAUGGCUACACGUUUGUAUGGCGCUUAUCAGCAACUAUCUAGCUUUCCAGUCCCAAAUCUAUUACGUCCUAUAUGCCAAUGGCUGGGUAUUUAUUGGUUAGGAAAAGGUGAUCAACUACAAGCGGGAAGAUUUUUAUCUCAAGCUAUCGGUAUUGGACCCACAACCUUGUACUUAUCUAUCUUAAGCUCUCGGAUAAUUCAUUUGAAGUCAUCUGAUUCUCAAGAUUCUGUUUCUGAUCGCAGCAAAAAAUGUAACUGGUUCCCUAUUUUGAAUCGAGUAAUGACUGUUUGUGCUCCUAAUAAUUUUCUAAUGGAAAAUGUAAUUCAGAUGCCUACUUGUGACGAUAAUAGUUCACUUAAAGUUCGGGUUAUUCAACUCUGUCUUGUUGAUGAACUCAGUUGCAAGUCUAAUUUAAUUGAUAAAAGUGAUGAUAUUUACCAUCACACUAUUUCUCCAUAUGGACUCGGUGCUCGUUCCGGAGGUUACUUACUAGUAUCGCGUUAUAUAGGUAUUUCUGGUCAAUCUUUAAGAACAUUUGAAGUGGAGACACGUGUUAUGCAUGGAUUCACUCAUUCUGGUUUUAAAUAUAUGGAUAGUUUUGAUGAAAUUCAGACGGAGAGUCUUGAUUCGAUGGCUAUUGAAGAUCGUGCUAAUUACUGGCGUAUACGUUAUAACUUGGAUGAACGACUAGAAAAUUUACUUACUGAAAUACGUCGUGAAUGGUUUACUAAAGAUGAUCUAGAUUGGUUAUUCAGUCGAGAGAAAUAUUGUCGUAAUAAUGAACUCAAAAAUGAUUAUAACCCUCCUUCUGUAGUCAUUAUUCCGGAUCGACGACUAGUUUAUUUACCUUGGGAAUGGAUACUAUGGGAUCGUAAUCCAACUUCAUGUACUCCAACAAUGACUCGUAGCUUCAGCUUACCUUUAGUUGUUGGUCACUUGGCAACUCAGUAUAUGCCUUGUCAGAAUAUUGAGGCUAACAUUUCUCCCAAUGCUGAACAUAUGAAAUUAUGUUCUUUUAAUCCUGAGCGUGCAUUUUAUAUCCUUAACCCAGAAUCCAAUCUACCCUCUACUCAACAAACCUUUGAACCGAUAUUCCACAACCUAUCCAGUUGGACAGGUGUCACUGGAAGAAUUCCAACUUUAGAGGAGGUGAACAAUGGUUUCACAAAUCAUGAUCUUCUAAUAUUUUUGGGUCAUGGGAAUGGUUCACAAUUUCUACUACACACUUUCAAUCAAGGUCUCAAUGCACGCUCCGUUACCUUGAUUCUUGGCUGUAGUUCCGGUAAACCUCGUAGUGCUGGACGACAUGAACCUUAUACUUCACUAUUUAAUCAUCUUAUUGCUGGAUGUCCCUUUGUUUGCGGAUUGUUAUGGGAUGUUACUGAUCGGGACGUUGAUAGAUUUACUUUAAAAUUCCUGACUAGUUGGCUGGGAAAAGAUGGUUCUGAUGACGGACGUGAUGCAAAACCACAUGGAACUUUAGGACAGUCUAUUUUUAACGCAACUUCGGCUUGUAAACUGAAGCAUCUUGUUGGAAAAUCAGUCAUUGUUUAUGGGAUCCCCUCUGAACCUAAAAGAAGAUCACUUCUGAAAUUUCCAUCCUCACUUGUUAAAAAAUAA